UGGCCACUGCUCAAACUCCUUCAGGCAGGUUGCUGGGUCAAGGGCUCAAGCUCCACCCUCGGCAGCAGUCUUUGGGCGUGUUUGCAGAGACCACGGGGCACACAGCCUGCUGUAGGAGGGCGGGGUGGCUAUGUCGGUUGUGGGGCAUGCGCGGCUCUGCGCGCGGCUUCUCAAAAAUGGCGGCUGCAACGUGAAGUCUGGUCCCUGCUCCCGGAGCUAGCAUGACAGAAGUGUUUUUGCUCGGGUGGAGGAGACUAGUGGUGCGUGGUGGCCCUGGUCCCCCUUGGAACUGGAGACGGAGCCCAGAUGUUGGAGUCCUGAUGGCAGCCUGCAAGGCGGACGGCGGGGAGCCUUAGGGGCAAGUCCUGAUCUGGGAACGCCCCCUUACUGCCGCGCCAGCGUCCCGCCUCAGUUUGUCCCAACACCCCUGUCUCACACCCCUGGACGCUUUACCCCAGAUGCCACGGCUGCUGUGUCUAAUUAGUGUACUCUGUGGGCCAUCCCUGCUGCUAGCGAUCACUGCUGACCUUCACAUUUAUCUGGACCCCCCCAUCACUGGCCCAUCUUGCUAGAGGCAUUCGGGCCCCUGGCCCAGCUCCCUCAGCGGGGGGCCCUCCUCUCCAGGAGCACCGACAGCGCCCUCUGCAAUUCUCCCCAGGGAAAAUACAGCAGAAGUGAAUACCAUGGGGCAAACAGCAAAUGAAGAUUAUUUUGACUGGGACAAGUAUUUGAAAGAGACUGGAUCUGUAAGUGCUCCUUCAGAAUAUUUCAGACAGGCUAAGACUCCACCAACUAAUGAAUUCCAAAUUGGUAUGAAGUUGGAAGCCCGUGACCCUCGCAAUAUUGAUUCAGUGUGUGUUGCUUCAGUCAUUGGAAUUACUGGGGCCCGAUUACGUCUACGACUGGAUGGUGGUGACAAUAAGAAUGAUUUUUGGAGACUUGUGGAUUCAUCAGAUAUACAGCCUGUUGGGACAUGUGAACAAGAAGGAGAUUUACUUCAGCCUCCACUGGGUUAUAGAAUGAAUGCUUCAUCAUGGCCCAUGUUUUUACUACGUGUACUAACUGGAUCUGAACUGGCACCUGCAGUGUUCUUUAAGAAGGAACCACCACGUCCACCCCAGAAUAAUUUUAUAGUUGGGAUGAAGAUUGAAGCUAUCGACAGAAAAAAUCCAUUUAUGAUCUGCCCUGCCACAAUUGGAGCUGUCAGUGGAGAUCAAGUUCAUAUUACUUUUGAUGGAUGGAGUGGAGCGUUUGAUUAUUGGUGCAGCUAUGACUCCCGAGAUAUCUUUCCAGUUGGAUGGUGUCGCCUCACAGGAGAUAUAUUACAGCCACCAGGAAAAAUUCGUGAAAGAAGACCAAGGGGCAGAGGAAUGACCAGACCAGGGAAAUUUGGAACCACUUCUUUGGAAAAUAAAGUACCAGGCCCAGAAGCUGCAGAAAAAACUAUGAGCAGUGUAUUCACCGACACACUUGAGGAUGAAGACAGAACUUUGAAAGAUUUCCAAGCAGCUCCAGGUUGGAAAAAACCCAAGGGCAGAGGAUUCAUCAAACCUGGGAUAGAUGAAGCCAGACCUGGAAAACAUGACCAAGGAGCCCCAGCUGGGAAAAAAUCUAAAGGCAGAGGAUUCACCAAAACUUGGGAAGGUGAAACCAGACCAGGGAGAGUUGUCCAAGUAGUCCCAGUUGAGAAAAAACCCAAGGGCAAAAGAGUAACCACAGCUACUGAUGAUGAAGCAGCAGCCCCAGCUGAGAAAAAACGCAGGGGCAAAACAGUCACCACCCCUUGGAGUGACCAACCCAGACUUUUUGCAGAUCAACAAGCAGCCCCAGCUGAGAAAAAACGCAAGGGUAAAACAGUUACCACACCCUGGGGUGACCAACCCAGACUUUUUACAGAUCCAGGAGCAGCCCCAGCUGAGAAAAAACGCAAGGGCAAAACAAUUACCACCCCUUGGACUGGCCAACCCAGACAUUUUGCAGAUCAAGGAACAGCUCCAGCUGAGAAAAAACGCAAGGGCAAAACAAUCACCACACCCUGGAGUGACCAACCCAGACUUUUCGCAGAUCAAGGAGCAGCCCCAGCUGAGAAAAAACGCAAGGGCACAACAGUUACCACCCCUUGGAGUGACCAACCCAGACUUUUUGCAGAUCAAGGAGCAGCCCCAGCUGAGAAAAAACGCAAGGGUAAAACAGUUACCACACCCUGGGGUAACCAACCCAGACUUUUUGCAGAUCAAGGAGCAGCCCCAGCUGAGAUAAAUCGCAAGGGCAGAACAGUCACCACAUCUUGGAUCCAACCACCCAAACUGUUUCUAGAUCGAGGAGCUGCCUCAGCUGAGAAAAUCUAUAAGGGCACAUCAUUCACCAACCCCUGGUGUGUCCAACCCAGACUUUUUGCAGAUCAAGAAACAGCCUCAGCUGAGAAAAACCCCAAGGGCAGAAGAGUCACCAAGCCUUGGAGUGAUCAAGCCAUACCAUUUUACUUUGGAGCAGCAGGUCCAGCUGAGGCAAAACCCAAGGGCAGAAGAGUCACCAAACCUAGGAAAGACCAAGACCAAUUUUUAGCAGAUGAAGAAGCCAUGCCAGCUCUGUUCUCAGCUCUUAGUGUGAGUAGUACAGAGAAAACACCUCCUUCUUCCUCUGAACAACCAAAGUCUUCUACCUCCGGGAAACCAAAGUCUUCUGCCUUUGGAAAACCAAAGUCUUCCACCUCCAAAGGGACUCAACCUUCAAGGAAAUCUCCACGAAAAACAAGUGUACCAAAGACCAGCAAGAAAGCAGGAAAAACUAAGUCAGCUGGAGAUACUUCAGCCUCUAAGAAGGGCAUUACUAUUAAAAUUGUUCUACCAAAGAAAAGAGCUGGAAGGAAUGGAAAAAAGGAAAAAAUUAUUCCAGUUGUUUCUUCUACAUCUUCAGCUUCUUUAAGUUCACUGAUGAGAAGUUCUUCAUCUAAUAAGACUCCUGAGGAGCCAUCUAAAAUAGUGAUGUCUACAGUCUGUGUGUAUAUAAAUAAACAUGGAGAUUGUGGUCCGUACCUGGAUCCACAGAAGGUUCGGCAGCUACCUAACCACUUCGGCCCAGGCCCUGUGAAUGUGAUUCUCCGGCGGACUGUGCAGGCCUGUGUGGAUUGUGCCAUUCAGCCCAAGGAUGUCUUUCUAUUUCUUAAGCCAGAUAAUAGAGGAGGAGAAAUGAUAACUGCCUUCUUUGAUGGGAAAGUUCAUACUGUUCAGCUCCCUCCAGUGAAUAGUGCAUCAUUUGCACUUCGCUUUCUUGAAAAUUUCUGCCGCAACCUGCACUGUGAUAAGUUUUUGAGUAGCCAGCCUUUCAGACUUAAGACUCAUGUUCAUACCUCUGCUACAAACAUAGAUCAGAGCAAACCAGAAAAUGAGGAACCAAAGGGAAAGAGAAGCUUCAAACGAUUGUCUUCACAACCUCAACCUUCUGCUCCUGUCUCAUCUAAGGUUCCCAGAAAGUCUGGGCGAGCCUCUAAAGCUUCAAGUUAUAUAGCUGUACCUGACCCCAGUGUCCUGAAACAAGGCUUCUGUAAGGACCCUUCAACCUGGUCUGUGGAUGAAGUGAUACAGUUUAUGAAACAUACAGAUCCUCACAUAUCAGGCCCCCUCGCCGACCUCUUCAGGCAACAUGAAAUUGAUGGGAAAGCUCUGCUACUACUGAAGAGUGAGCUGAUAAUGAAGUAUAUGGGGCUGAAGCUAGGACCAGCAUUAAAACUAUGUUACUACAUUGAAAAACUUAAAGAAGUGAAAUAGAAUUGAAAAUGUGCACAUUUAGUUUAGAGAUAAUCCUCAGGUAUACAGAAAACAUUUUACUUUAAAAGUAGUUUUCAUCUCAUCAGUUUUUAUUUUAUAGAAAGUUUUUAUAGAAAUAUUUUAUUAAAGUUGUAGUACAGUUACAUUAAUCGUAUACUCCUAAUUCUUUAAAUACCAUUUAAUGUUUGUAUUAGUAUACCUAAAACUGACUGUCCGUUAUUUAUGUCUUUAAUUAUUUUUAUUGUGUUUACAAGUGUACUUCAUGUGGCAAAGAGAAGAAAAGCUUUUAUUUGGAUUAAUCUUUAUAUCUAGGACCAAACAGCUAAACCUCAAGGGGGAAAAUACCAGCAACUUAACCUCUUAACAUGAGAUUUUUUCUCAAAGCAGAAUUUCAAGAUGCACUUCUCGCCUGCUCAGUUAUUUUAGUCUGGUUUUACAGUAUUUUGUUCCUGAUAAACUACUAGAAAGGAAAGAGCCAUAUAAAUAAUUUUCCUUUCUGCCAGUGCCCUUUUUUUUUGCUCAUACUACAGGGGAAAAAGCAAUUUUAUAAGCUUACAUAAAGUGUUCCUACUAGCCUUUGAUAUUUUUAAACUGUAAGAAUAGAGUAAAAUAAAUAAUUUUGUGCAGGAGAUGUUUACCAGAGUAAAUUGGAUAGAAUUGAACAAAAUUUAUACCUCCUUUUACAACUCUCUGUAUUUUUGCUAAACUUGAACGUUAGACACCCAAUUCUAACAUCUUUGUUUUCUAAGAUAUUUAUGUCCAGAUUUUAAAUUUUUGUUUUGUGUUUAUUACUCAUACAGAUACUUUAGCAUAUUUAUAUACUAUUGUAUAUAUGUGAGAAUACACAAGUGACUUUUUGAAUUGAAUAUGGCACUUUACACUGCCACAGUGGUAAUAAAGAUAUAUAGAGAUGUUUAUUCCCUGAAAAAAUAUAUACAUCAUUUUUCUAUCACCAGUACCUCUCGGCUUAUUAUUCAGGUGAUGAGAAACUGUCCAUAAGUUGGCUCCCACAUAGGGAAGCUCUUUAUCCUAUGCAACAUUUCUAAUUAAUUGUCUCAGUUCUGAGCCAUCAAUUCUGCUACACUUCGAAAGAUACAUUAAUUCUGACAUUUAGGGUUUUGUUUUUCCAAAUAAGAGCUUUCAUAAAUGGUGCUGCAUGUUACUACUUUGUAUGAUGGUUUAAUGCAUAUAAGCUAUGAGAAUCCGUUAUACAUGUAUUAGAGUCAGUUUUACAUGUAUUAGCUAUUCUAAAUGUCAACAAAAUGUUCGAGACAAGAAUGUAAUUUUCUCUUUAGAAAACCAAAUGUGCUUUAAACAACAAUACAGAUGUUUAAAAGACUAUUUCACCUAUGUCAUUUCUGAUACAACUAAAAUACUUAAAUGUAAUCUUCAUGCAAAUUGUUGAUAUGAAGAUGAUAUUUCCAUUUGGUUGGACCUCAGGUGUUUAUAAUAUUGUUUUAUAAUCUUAAGAUUUUAAGAAUAUAAUAAAGUUGUUAAAUAACCAUAGCAAUUAA